CGAUUGUAAAUAAGUUAAGAUAAUAACAAUGGGAAAGACAAGGGGCGUACAUGAAACCACACCGGAAUUAAGAAAUCGUAUGGUUGGAAUGUACGAGGCUGGCUUGGGACUUCGUGAAAUUGCAGCUGCAGUUAAUUGUUCGCAACGUACAGUCAAAAGAUGGCUCAAUCGAUUCGAUAAAGAAGGUAAUGUGGAAACCAGAGAACGUUGUGGUCGUAAAAGAGCUACAACAGCUGAACAAGAUGAAGCGAUAAUCAGGCUUGCUACACAAACACCUUUAACUGCUGCGAAAGCUGUGCUUCCAGCUUUAGGACUUACCUGUUCUGUUGAUACUGUACGAGAGAGAUUACAUAAAGCAGGAAUUCAUAGUUGGACUCCAUCUAGAAAAUAUAUGCAAAGGAUUCCACUUGGUAACGAUACAGAUGGUGCAGCUAUUCAACAAGCCGUAUGGAGACCUACUGGUACUCAAUUAGGGAAAAAGAAAUCAAAUAAAGAUACCAACAAGAAUGAUAAAAGUAUUCCAAAAAAGAAAAAUCCUCCACGCAAAGUAAGAGCCAGAGAUAUAUAUGUUGGCGAUGGCGCACCCGUAGAUAAUUUAAAACAAUCUAACGAACAACAAGAGUUUGGAUUUGCCCAACAAAAUAUUCCCCAAGAACAGACUAAUGAAAUACAAAAUGCUACACAAACUUUACCCGACAAUCAAACAGAAUUCAAUAAUGGAUUAACUAUGAAUCAACAGCCACAACCAAUGUAUCAACAUCCUAGUAUGAAUAUCGCACAAAAUAAUUGGCCUCUUGAUCUUGUACAAGGCAGUCAUCAUUAUCCACAAGGUCAACCAACUGCAGUAACUCAUAAGCCAAUGGCACCUCAACAUCAACUUCAAGAGCUUCAUAGUCAAGGAGAGCAACAUCAUAUGCAACAAGUGCAACAACAACAACAACAACAACAACAAAUACAGCAACAAACUCAGCAAAGAUUGCAGGAAGAAACGAAUAUUCAUCAUUCUAAAUUUGACUCUCAGCAAGCACAAAUUCAAGUCGAUCAUCAGGUCCAACAACAGCAAGAACAAAGCCUACAAUCAAAAUUGUCUAAUCCUGUGAAUAGUAGCACAAAUAUUGCUUCAGAUAGUUCAAAUUCGUGUAGUUCUCUUGAAAGUAAUCAACUGUCAAAUACAGAUAGUGUGCAAGUUGAAGAUACACCAAAGGCAGAAAGUGAACAUUCAGAAAGGCAAAAGAAAAAAAAGAAAGGUGGUAAAGCAAAGGGAACACUAGAAACUAGUGUAGAAAUUAGAAAUCGUAUGAUUGGGAUGUCAGAAGCAGGAUUGUCUACAUUAUCCAUUGCAUUAGCAAUUGAUAGAUCAGAACGUACUGUUAAAAGAUGGUUAGAACGUUGGCAUAAAGAAGGAAAUGUACAAACGAAAGAAAGAAAGGGUCGUCGUCGAAUUACCACUAAGGAACAAGACGAAGCUAUUGUCGCAAUGGCUACUCAACAUCCAUUAACCGCAGCAAAAUAUGUGGCUCCUGCUUUAGGAUUGAAAUGUAGCGUGGAUACGAUUAGGGAGCGCCUUCAUAAAGCAGGAAUACAUAGUUGGAAACUUGGAAAGAAACAAGGAGAAGGUAAUGCAGUUCAUACGGUUCAUCUUUGGCAACCUAGUGGUAAUCGUCUUAAUAAACCAAAAACUUGUGGAGAUAAGAAAAAGAAAUCAAGUGAUAAUAAAAAGAGAGAUCAUUCAACAAAUAAUAUACAAAAACGAAUAUCUAGAAAAAAGAAAAUUGAUUCUUCUCCUUUAAAAGUUGUACCACCACCAGCAAAUAUGGUUCCUGAACAAGCUCCUAUGCCUUUCCAUAAUCCGGCAACAAUGCCAAAUUAUGUUGGAAAUAGUAACAUAUUGCAGCCUGUUCAUAAUAUCUCUGCACCUCCACCAUCAAUUCCUCAACCACAACCACCACCGCCUCCAGGUCCACCUCCAGGACCACAAUCAAUGCAACCAAUGGGUCCUAUUAUGCAACAAAGACCCGAUUGUAGAUUAGCUCCUUCUAUAGUUCCACCUGUAUCUACUCAAGGUAAUUCUGGUGCAGUUUAUGCAUCAUGUUUGGUGGCAAAUAAUAAUCACACAGGUCAUAUGGAACAACCCGAUCCCUUAAAUUAUGAACCAUACAUUUGGAGCUUUUAAGAGGUAAUGCCUUUUAUUAUAAGUUUAUAAAAUCUCUCUCUCAUUUUUUUACGAUAAAAAUUUAGUUAUUUAUAUAUAUAUAUAUAUAGUGAAUCUUCUGAUUAGAUCUCACUAAUUUUAUGUUCAUAUAUGUCAUUAUUUGCUGUGAUUACUGCCUUUCAAUUAACAAAGAAGAAAGAAAAAAAAACUGAGAAACAUAAAACGCUUAAAGUAAAAGUUUAAAAUAAAUUUAUGUAACUUUGCACCUUUUGAAAAUUUACGAACUAUUUACACAUAACUGUUAAGUAUUCCAUAAAUUUUCAAUGAUAGAAAACAUCAUUAAAAUCAGAUGUUACUGUAAAUACUUUGUAGAAUGUAAAUUUGAAUCUGUCAUUACAAAAAAAAAAAAAAAAAAAAAAUGGCAUGCGUGAGUAGAUAUAAUAUAAUACACCAAAUGCAUUACAAAAUCUUUUAAAUAUUUCUCCUAAUAACGAGUUGUCGUAAUUAGUUAUAUUAAAUGAUGUAUAAAUCAUUUUUUAUUAUGUAUAUAUAAAUAUAUAUAUUUAAAUGACGUAAGAGGAAUAUUUAUUUUAGGAACUUGUAUUGCAUAAUUAAGGGAAAAUAAUUUUAAAACUAGUUGUUCCUCCGAGAUAUUGAUCAUAAUUGUGGUAUAGUAAAAUAAUACAUACAUUAAUUUUUUUACAUCUUAACUAUAAAUAAUAAAGCAAUAUGAUAUUUUAAAAAUGUUACAGAUGGGUAGAAAUUUGUAUCAAAAAUAGAGUACAAUCUGGUAUAUUCCAGUAAUGUGUAAAAAUUUGAGAGUUAAAAAGUAUUAGAGAAAAAGCAUUAAAAUUUUAAUACUGUGUGUGUGUAUGGGAGGGGGGUGUUCAAUUUUAUUGAAACACAAAUUAAAUUAUUUUAUAUCGAUUAUAGGAACAUUCUACUAUCAUUUUUAUUUCUUAAUAAAUAUAAAUUAUGUAUUUAUCAUAAAUAAAACAGUAUUCUUAAAGAACGUCCAUAUAUAAUACUGAUAAUACAUAUACAAGUUAAUAUAUAUAAUUGUGUAAAAAAAAAAAAGAAAAAAAUAAGUAUUUGCAUGUUCAUAUUACAUUAUAUCAAAUCCAGUGUUACUUAACAUUUGAUUAAGAUCUUUCAAAAAAAAAAAAAAAUGUGCAAUUGUAUACUAUUAUAUAAGUAUGCAAGAAUGAUAAUGUGUGCUCAAAUAUCGCAUACAAUCUGACAAAUAAAUAUAUCAUAUUGUAUUUUGUUACAAGCAUAGUAGUUUUGAGAAUGCAUACAAAAAUUGCAUAAUUUAUCAUUAUUAUAAAAUUAAUAAAAAAAAGUCUGUAUAUCUCA